UGCUGCAACCUGCAGUUGUUUUUGUAUCACUCGAGGUUCGCGCGCUAGUCAAUUCUCCACUCAAGUGCUCUCUUCAUCCAUGUCAACUUCUCUAGCACAUCGGGAACGACAACGACCCUGGUCGCAAUCUGCGCGGGCGCCUGGGGAUCGUGCAAAUCGAGAGGCAUGCAGCAGAUGCACCGUAGACCGGGCUGGCGUUUCGAAACGGUUCUCAUCUGAUCUGACCCGGCUAUCAUGACUUGGACGUAAGCCACAAUGAUACCCUGGCUACGAAUCGAGCCUGCAGAUCUGCUGCCACGGCUUCACAAGAAGACUCAUCACAUAAACAAUCUCCUGUGCAGCAGUAGAUGCGCUACAACUGCACGAUCUGGUUUGACAGGUCCGUUAUACACGGCUACUGCGGUGUAAUAUACCUUGCAUACUGUCCAGAUGGCCACGAAAACGUCGAAGAUUUCUUGACAAGGGGUGCCAUGCUUGUUCGUUCAACGAGCGGCAGUGUUUCAGUGAAAGGCGGCAAGGGAUGAGGACAGUGCCCCAAGCGUACCCCACAACCCGUACGACAUGUAGCUGGAUGUGAGGAUCUCGAUCGGGUAAGGCCUUAUGUACCGCCACUGCAUUAUGACCCCCAAAUGCAAAGGUCGUAAAAGGCGAACGCAGAAGCCUAAUAUGACAUAGUGCUUUUCC